GAAGUAGAAGCACUUGGGCCCCCAUUGAUGACGUUUGACAAUUCGCCUCGGUCUCGUGAGAUUACGAUUUUCCACGUUCUACGUUUGCAAGACGUCACAGCUUUUUGAUAGUGUAUGGUAGAGAUCAACAUCCAGUGUGUCAAUAAUUCUUGCAGUAUACAUCGAAAGACCUCGGGGAGCUGACGGGAUCACUGUUGUUCUCUGCAGUGAUUGACUGGAUCUCUCGCGGCUGUCUGUUAGGGGAUUUGGUGUACUUGUGACCGACGUCGGAGGCCUUUUUGUUUUGCCUAAUGCGUUUGAGGCCAUUAUUUGCUAACUGAGUUUUAAAUACCGUUUGAAUUUCUGGGCUUCCAACACAAGACCAUUUUUAACGUCACCUAAGAAAGCAAAUAGGGUCAAGAACUCGGACAAAUUUAAGUUUUCUAUAGAGCUUCUUGUCUCAUUGGAGGAUGUGCGUUUGAAGCCUGCUCAAAUUCAAUCUCUGAGUGUUAGAUCUCCUCUCCGAUUUUCUCCACCUACAAAAUGUGGUUAAAACUUUUCUUUUUACUCCUGUAUUUCAUGAUGUUGUUUUUGCUUGCUAGAAUUUUUGAGACUGUAGUCUGGUAUGAGACUGGUAUGUUCGCCACGCAGCUUGUAGAUCCAGUUACUCUUAGUUACAAUAAGUUGAAAACCAUCUUAGAGUGCAGAGGACUGGGAUACACCGGCCUGGCUGAGAAAAAGGAUGUCAGCGAACUGGUGGAAAAAUCAGGAGAAUUAACGCAAGGGGAGCUGUACUCAGCCAUCAAGAAAGCGAGAGAGCAGACGGAGGCUGGAGAUUCCAGCACUACUACAGCCUUCAGUGGGGAGAUGCACUUCUAUGAAUUGGUGGAGGACACUAAAGAUGGAAUUUGGCUGGUUCAGGUUGUAGCCCAGGACCAGGAAGCUGUGCUCAGUCAAACAAACUGGGGCAAAAUGGUGCUGAAGCUGUCUCAGUUUGGAAUCAGAACUGGAACCUUUAACUGCUCCACUGACUUUAGGUCAUGUGUCAAACGUGGUUGGCAACGCUCAAUGAUCAUCAUGUCUGCUCCUCAAACUUCAGCUUCAAAGGGUAAAGUGAUGCUAAAAGAAUAUGUUGGACAGUACAUUGAAACUGAACACAUCUUUCGGUGGAUGACCUCCCACCUGGCUCGUCGAAUCAAAACUGUACGUCAGUCUGCACAACUAGUUGAGGAAUGGCACUCUGACCCAGCUCAUCCAAUCAAGAUGUUUCUGUUCACCCAUCUGUCCCAACCUCCUGCCUUCUUCUCCUCACUGUCUGUUAAGUUCACUGGCAGAAUCGAGUUUAUUUUUGUGGAUGUACGUCACUGGGACAACCGGAGCACCCUCUUAGAUAUUGGUGUGACACAGAGCCCUUCUUACAUACUUAAGAUGCCAGAGGGUAUCUAUCACUAUGGUAACAGUACUGGGGAGUUUCUGUCUCUUGCUGCCAUGGAUACAUUCCUGCGUUCAGUCCAGCCAGAAGUCAAUGACCUGUUUGUCCUCAGCCUGGUACUCAUAAAUUUGCUGGCCUGGAUGGACUUCUUCAUUACACAGGGAGCAACAAUCAAGCGAUUUGUUGUUCUGAUCAGAACACUUGGAACCUACAACUCCAUAUUGCUGAUGUCUUGGCUUCCUGUUUUGGCUCUCAUUCAACUCCCCUAUCUGGACAAACUGUAUUGUUACAGUCUGAAGUUGAUUCGUUAUGCAGACACCACCACAUUUGCAAGCUUAGUUAGGGCUGACUGGACCUUUUACUCAUCCCAUCCAGCUCUCUUUCUGUCCACCUACCUGGCUCAUGGCCUGUUGAUUGACUACUUUGAGAGGAAACGUCAUUGUGGUACAAGGAACCAAGAGAACUCCACAACCAACCUCGAGUGGCUAGCCAGUCUGUGGGACUGGUGCACCUCCUUUCUGCUUCCCCCUAUUACAUCCGUGCAACAGUUCCCGUCUGAUCUUUCAGAGUGGGAAGAUGAUCCCAGCUUUUUAUUUGAGCGUUUGGCUUUCCCUGAUCUCUGGCUUCACCCACUAGUAAAUGUAGACUACUUAAAAUCUCUUCCAACCUGGAAGGUCCAAACUGUUCUCCAUCAAUGUCAGUCUGUGUCUUGUUUACAUCAAGAUGAUAAACAGGAUAGACUGCCAUCAAACAUAAACUGCCAAGAACUGACAGAUUCCUCACCUCCAAGCAUAAACACAGUUCCACACAGUAGUUUAAGCCAAAUAGGAUCUUUGUGCAAUCAGGACAACAGGCUCAAUAUUUUGUGCAGGGACCAAGAUGCCAACAGUAGUCAAUUUGUAAAGUCUGUUUCUCUUCACCCAUAUUGCUAUUGCUACAGAAAUGAAAGCUUCCAAAAGGUUGACAGAUAUCUUGAGGAUGGUAGCAUCAUUCCUGUAGGAGUUUCUGUCACUCAGUUAAAUUGGUCUGGGUGGCCCAAUGACAUGCUUCCUUGUUCAGAGUGUGUGGUGUGCCUUGAGAACUUUGUGAAUGAGGAGCUGCUCAUGGGCCUUCCCUGUGGCCAUGCCUUCCACCAGCAGUGCAUUGUAGUAUGGUUAGCAGGAGGUAAGCACUGGUGCCCACUAUGUCGCUGGCCUAGCUACAAGAAGAAAAACAUUAUAGUUGCACUAAGCACCAUCACUGAAAACACAUUGUAGAACUGAUUCAUUGUUAUAAUUAAACUCUGCAUCUUCUUUGAAGCUUAUUUGACAAUUGUCAUGUUUUACGGUCACAAUUAAUCAGAUUCAAGGUAGACUGGUGAAGCAAUGAAAAUGCAUUAACAAUCCAUAUUCUUGGUUGGUUUCAUUCCUAGUAAUAUACAGUGCAAUGAUCAUCAUUAGAGCUGAUACAAGCAAGACCCAGGGACAGUGUUUUAUGUAUCAAUGGUUCCUCCUGCAUCACAAAGACGGCAAAAGUAGAAAGACAUUGGUGUAUCUGUUUAGAUUUCAAUGUAUACUCUGUAUAUUUAUAAGGAAAUCUGCUUUUGGCCAAAAUAAUAAAGAAUAAUCUUCAAGAUGAAAUUUGUCAACAGCAUUGACUGCAGUCACU